AUGCCUCUACACCUGCUUGGAAAGAAGUCAUGGAACGUCUACAAUGCCGACAACAUUGCCAAGGUCAAGCGCGACGAGGCUGCAGCUGCUGCCCGGGAGGAGGGCGAGGAACAGCGUAUGCAGGAAGUCGAUGCCGAACGACGCAUACAGAUACUCCGCGGUCUACCCUUCGAAGCACCCAGAGCUCCAAUUGAAGAAGAACGAAAUGAGCGAAGUAGAGAGAAUAGGCCCGAUCGGGAGAGGAAAAGAAAAAGAAUUGCUGGGGAAGAUGACACCGACCGAGACAUACGAUUCGCUCAGGAGAAUAACGCUCUCGUACCAGCGAAGGCCGAGAUGCAAAUGAAAACCAAAAAGAGCAGUGAUGCCCCAAUUACGGACGUGAAAGGUCACAUCAACCUGUUUCCUGUGGAUGGAACAAGGCACAACGCACCCAAGAAUGCAGAAGUUGAGGCCGAGAAGGCGAAGAAGCAGAAGGAGUUUGAGGAUCAAUACACUAUGCGGUUCUCAAAUGCGGCUGGCUUUAAGCAGGCUAUAGGUCAAAAGCCUUGGUACCAUAAAAUCAACGCGGUUGGGGAUGAACGUGGAGAAGUAGAAGCGCCUUCAAAAGAUGUAUGGGGCAAUGAAGAUCCCAGAAGGAAAGAAAGGGAGAAGAUUAGGACUGUAGCUGACGAUCCUUUGUCUGCGAUUCAGAAAGGGGUAGCCGGAGUGCGGGAAGUAGAGCGCGAGAGGAAGAAAUGGACAGAGGAAAAGGGUCGCGAGAUUAGGGAGCUUGAGGAGGCAGAAAGACGGCGGGAGAGAAGAAGGAGGAGACGAGAAGCCGAUGAUGUAGAGGGAUUUAGACUUGAUGAUGGUGCGAAACCGGACGAGCCCACACGGCGUCAUCACGGGAGCAAAGAUGACUCCUCACCUCAUUCCCAUCGACGCCGAAGCCGCAGCCCUGACCGCAGUGGGCAUCGAUCUCACCAUCACCGCCAUAGACCAGUGAUUGUUGACAACAGGACAGGGUGGGAGGUAGGUCCGGGUGGGAGGUACAGCAGCCAAUUUGCCCACGCUUAG